CUCCCUUUGCUGUUUCCACCGCGCUUGGGAGCAGUCGACCUCCACAUCGUCUCCCUUCCACAGCUCGAAGGAGCCAUGGAGAGCUUCGAGGACGUCCCCGUCCUUCCUUUCCGCGAAGAACCCUCCUCACCCAUCCCUCAGCGAAAGAUGAAGCGCCUGAGGAAGGCAUCCGGACUUAGAGUUUCCGAACUGCCGAUCUCUCCAACCCUAGCUCCCGAUCCCUUUUACCCCUCCGCCUCCGAGGAUCUCCCUGAUGCGGGAGAGGUGCCGGAUUUGGAAAGGUCCGCGGCGGAUGCGGUCGAUCCGGUGCCUACGUCCGAGGAUUUGGGCAAGGAAAUGGCUGCUGAUGACGAGCUCGAUCCUUUGUUUCCAGACCCGAGGGAUGCUUCUAAAUCCUGGCAGCCUCGGGACGUGGAAGGAGGAGAAGAAGAGGAAGAAUGGUUGGGGGGUUCCGCUUGGGGAGGAGAGAGUGGAAGGAUUGGAAAUGGGGGAAUAAUGGAUGAACUAAGGAAGGAGAGAUCGGUAAAGAAGCGGCUGAAUUUGGAAGGGGAAGAAGAUAUCACGGAGGAGAAGAAAAAGAAGAACAAGAAGGACAAGUCUGGUGAGUUGGUUGGUCAGGAACGGAGACCAAAAGAAUCCGUUCGAGAGAAGAGAAGACUUGAGAAGGAGAGGAGGGCUACUCUGGAUCAAAUUCAUGCCGAAUCUCAGAGACUGUUGCGCGAAACUAGAGAUGCUUCAUUUAAACCUAUGCCUCUAGCUCACAAGCCGAUCUCUUCUGUUUUGGAGAAGAUCAGGCUAAGGAAGUUGGAAGUAUCAAAAAAACCAAGCAUUCUUCAUCAUUCUGAUUCUAUUGUGGAUACUGAUUGUUCUGUUGGUGAGAUGUCUCAUAUCUCGGAUCUAUCUGGGUCUAAGAAUGGGAAGGACGACAAUGAGAAGUCAAAAAUGGAUGAUGCUGUCCAAGCUAUGGAUGGUGACAGCAGUUUCAGUUUUCUGAGCUGCCAUGAGAAUGUUAUCUGUCAGAAGGCUUCUGACACCUACCUGGAGGAUUCCUUUCAGAUUCCAAAUAAUGAUGCACAGAAUGUUUCUGAAGACUCCAAACAAAGCAGCAGGGAGAGUAACCAGUUUGAUGAUGGUGCUGAUGAUACUUUAGAUGUUCUUAGUCCAUCCUUGCCUGCUUCAAGCUCAAAACCUGACCCUGCUGAUGUUUCAUCUUCAGAAGAAGAAGACAAUGACAAGGAAAACAUUGAUCCUCAUCCUCACAAGGCUGCUGUCAUGGACUCAUGUCCAGAAGGUGUUCCUGCAAAUGCAUUUUUAGAUGAUGAAGCUGAAGAAGAAGAUGAUAGCGACCAUGAUCUAAUGAGGUUUCAAGAAGAUGAAGAAGAUGAUGAAAGUGAUGAAAAUGAAGUAUUUGAUGAUCUGAUUGCCACUGGUUUUGAGGAGGCACCUGUAGAUCAUGAAAAGCGCAAUCAGCUUCAUCAGAAGUGGCUCGAACAACAAGAUGCAGCGGCAACAGAUAACGUUUUGCAGAGACUAAAAUAUGGUAAAUAUCAGAAAGAGCCUGCAGUUCUUGAUGAAGAGGAAGAUGAAGAAUUAGGUGAAGAUUCUGAAGAUGAAGCAUCAUAUGAUCUGCCUUCAGCAAAUGUCAUCCGGAAUAGUUCGAAGAAGGCAAAACAAAUGAUUGCACAAAUGUUCACUGAUGAUCAUGAUGUUUAUGUUCCAUCUGAUGAUGAGGAAAUGGAGCAGACUCUAAUUCGCCAACGUCUAUCAAAGCAGACUGAGGAAUCCUCAUUUGUAUCUCCAGUAGAGGAUGAACAUUCUAGAGAAGUCUUUGGUCUUAUAAAGAAGCUGAAUAUUGCUCCCAAUUCCAAGAAGAGAGGAAAAACAGCAACAUCUAACUUUAACAUGCUGAUGAUGGGAGGAAACAGCAAUAGCUCUUCAAAGUCAUCUUUUCUGGGUCGGACAACAACUAGUUCAUUACCAUCUUCCCGCAAGCAAGGAUCAACGAUGGUGCGAACAUUCAUUUUUAGUCGGGAUGACAGCAAUAGUAGGAGUGGUAUCUCAACUACUGACAAUCUUUCAGAUAUGGACCAAGCAGAAAAUCAACCUAGGCAUACUUCAUCAUCAAAAUUCAGGGCCUCACAGUUGAAACCAGCUGCUUCUAGAACAAAAGUUGAGGGCAAUGGAAGUUCAGGUUCUUCACUUUUUGAGAUCCUGCGCCAGUCAUCUAUGAUUUUUGAUAAACAAAUGGAGAAUAAAAGUGGAAGCAGCAGUCAUGUUAUCACAGAAACACAGGCUGCCAACCAAUUUUCUGCAUUUAAGCUGGGAAAGAGGUUUCCAAAGUUGGAAGCUAGGAAUUGAUGCCAGAGCAUUGGACAGCCCGGCUAAGAUAGAGGUUUAUACAUCGAUCAAGGAUCCUCCAUGAAGUGAACAGAAUGAAAUGUAAUUUAGGUGGUGUUCAAAUUACAAAAAAAUUACAGGUGCUUGCAAGGAUCUUUGCUUAAAAAAAAUUGUGCAUGUUUUUCCCAUCUAUUUCUUAGAUGGUAAAUAUUGGGUUGAAGUGGCAUAGAAGAGAAUGAGUUUGAGGCAAACAGAGCAGCAGAUUUGGUGGCUUCUUUUGUUCCUGAUGGUGCUGAUUCAGUGAUUUGUACUUCUAGUUCAUGCCAACUCCACUCCGGGAUGUAUCUACCACAAUCAGUCCAUGGAACUUUCCUGAUUUUCACUUCCAAUAAUAACUCCAGUUUUCUACCUCAUCAGAUGUUUAAACCAUGCUGAACUUCUCCUUAAAUCAAUAUUUUUAUGAUUUUACA